AAGUGUCGGAAAGUUGUCUGAGAAGCCUCCCGAGCAGGUCCUGAGCACCCGAGACGAACACUUUUUUAAUUUUUUAUUUUUUGAAUAUAAAUAGAUGCCGACGGAAUUGUUCGGUGCUUUGUAUCUGUGCGUCCCGACACCUCCUCGGAAAGAGAGAGUUGUAAACCUGCUUCUCCAUUUUUAAAGCACCUCCUCAGCUCUACUGUAAAUAGACGAAGCUGCAGAAUGACAACACAUUUCAGGAGCGGACCAGCCUUCGGGCUUUCUGCCGAGGUCAAGAGUAAGCUGGCAGGGAAGUACGACCACCAGAAGGAAGAGGAGCUGAAGCUGUGGAUUCAGGAUGUGACGGGCAAAAGGAUUGGGGAAGGCUUCAUGGAGAGCCUGAAGGAUGGAGUCCUGCUGUGCGAACUCAUUAACGUGCUCCAUCCGGGUUCUGUGAGAAAGAUCAGCACCUCCAGUCAAAACUGGCACCAGCUGGAAAACAUAGGGAAUUUUGUCCGCGCGAUCACAGAGUACGGCCUGAGGCCAGAUGACAUCUUCGAGGCCAACGAUCUGUUUGAGAACGUCAACCACACUCAGGUCCAGAGCACGCUCAUUGCUCUGGCUGGAAAGGCCAAGUCCAAAGGUUUCCACUCCAAGUACGACUUGGGAGUGAAGUACGCUGAGAAACAUCAGCGGCGCUUCGCUCCGGAGAAGCUCAAGGAGGGACGUAACAUCAUCGGCCUGCAGAUGGGGACCAACAAGCUCGCCAGCCAAAAGGGCAUGACCUCCUAUGGUACACGGCGCCAUCUGUAUGAUUCCAAGAUGGCCAUGGAGAACCCACUGGACCAAUCUACCAUCAGCCUACAGAUGGGCACCAACAAGGGAGCCAGCCAGGCCGGCAUGACAGCCCCGGGGACCAGGAGGCACAUCUUCGACAAGAAGCUGGAGCUGGAGAACUGUGACACCACCACCAUCUCCCUGCAGAUGGGCACCAACAAAGUGGCCUCGCAGCAGGGCAUGACCACCUACGGCCUGCAGCGCCAGGUCUACGACAACAAGUACUGCUCCAACCCCACUGAGGCCCCCUACAACGGGAGCGAGGCCGAGUUCGAUGGCUACAACCAGUACUCUGACUAAGACAACCACAGCCCC